AUGACUGAAAAGGACAAAGACACGUCCUUGAGGUGUCACUGGGACGGUGACUUUAGCACCUGGCCGGACUAUGUGAGAAAGGUCCGCUUGGCAUUUGAAAAGACGCGACGCCGUCGACGAGCACAACUUGGACCCGACCUGGUGUCCCAGCUCUCGGGACGCGCCUGGGUCGUUACGCAGGAGAUUGACUACAAGGCCCUGACCCAGGCUAAUGGUGCUCGCUACUUGAUAUCCUUCUUGGAGGAACGCCUUGCUCGAGUUCCCAUCCCUGACGCUGGCUCUCAGGCUGAAGCUUUGCUGUUGCGGCUACGCCGUAUGCCAGGUACAUCCAUGGCAACUUGGUGCGCUCAAGUCCGAGAGCAGUACCGGAAGCUGCAACGAGCUUUGAAGCGUGCUCGAGGAGAUCUCCCUGAUUUGAAGGGUGUUGGAACUACAUCAUUGCCAUCCUCGAGGGCACGUUCAUCUCCCGAGCCAGCAGCUGAAGAAGGGACUGAAGCUGAGGAAGCUCAGCGAGCUGCUGAAGAUGAUGAAGAAGAUGGAGAGCCGCCUCCUCCGAGAUCUCCAACUCGCCACUCCUCCAAAGGUGGCAAAUCUGGCAAAGGCAAGGAGGACUACCACUCUCCUUCCCGGGGCUCCCGUUCCGACCCGUGUGACAGCGAGGAGGACCCCGAGAAUGACCACUUUUGGGACGACCUGGAUGUUGGCCUUCCUGAAGUGCUUCCCAGUGAACUGAUUGGUUGGAUCAUGCUGCGCAAGUCCUCUUUGAAUGCGGCCCAGCGUUUGAAUGUCCUCUCAAGCAUUGGCAAUUCCUUGAAGGCCGACGACAUCGAGAAGGGCUUGAGAGGAGCAGAAGACGAGCUUCGUCUUGUGGAAAAAGAGCGCGAAGGCCGUCCAAAAGGCCAUGGAAAAGGUAAGACCCGUCCGCAGUUCUGGGUCGAGUAUGAGGGCGAAUGGGGCCUCAUGCUCACUGGUGAAUGUGAAGAUGAAGACCUCCUGGAGAAUGACAUCCAUUGGCUUGGUGGUAUGUCCUAUGACCAGGUCUUUCAGACUUCAACCUGGGAGAGCUCUUCGACCUCACGACCUGAGAUUGAGGAGACCUUUGCAGCUGAUGAUGGUUUCUGGGCCUCAGAUCCUUCAAGCCCAGGAGCCUACUUGUGGUGGAACUUGGAAGCCGAUGGUGAGUACUAUCACCAAGAUGCCAGUGGAGCGUUCUGGUCAUGGUCAGAGGCCGAUGUUUGGAACUCUGUUCUUUGGAGCUCCCCUGAGGAAUCGAAGCCCAUUGUGGAAGCCUACGCGGCCUAUGAAGAGAAGAUCAGGUCUUUCCAGGACAGCCGCCGUGCGACCCAUGCCAAGAAUGCUUCUCGAGGCUUCUUCCCCAAGGGCAAGUUCAAAGGGAAACCAUCUUUUGGAAAGAAAGGUGGAAAAGGAAAAGGGCUUGGUUCGAGACCUUCAUCGUCGACUUCGCCUAUGGCAUCUUCACCGGUGAUGGCCAUCCAAGGUGGCGGAAAGCCGGGAUCCCCUGGCUACCAAGGCUGCUUCAUUUGUGGAGCAAAAGAUCAUGACUACCGCUCGUGUCCUCGUCGGUCACGGAGCGGCAAAGGUGGCAAGGUGUUCAUGGUGACUGAUGAGCACGAAUCUGUGGAGACCUUUGUUUGCCACCCUCUUUCACAUCCUGAGCGGCCUCUGGAGAUCAUGGUCGCUGAUGAGAUUGGUUCACCAGAGGUGGAAGGCUAUGGAGUGCUCGACACAGGAGCGACAGAGACUGUUUCAGGGUUGGCUGCCCUGGAAUGGAUCAUGCACAAACGGCACCAGUCGGGAUCUGAUGUCGAUGGAUUCCAGGUGGUUGAUGUGCCCAACAAGAUGUUCAAGUUCGGCAACGGCGUGACCCAGAAGUCUGAGAGUAUGAUUCUCUUGCCUCAGCGUUUGGGCAACCACCGCCUGUCGCUCGGCAUUUACACCUUGGAAGCUCAAGGUGUCCCUGUUUUGGUUGGCAUUCGCACGCUCACCAAACUUGGUGCGCUCAUCGACUGUGGCAGAUCUGCCAUGGUCCUGACGGCGAUUGAUGCCUCCCUCCUUGUUCCAUUGAGGAAAUCCUCUUCGGGGCAUUUGGUGAUGGACCUCAGCCAUGACUGGUUGAGUGAGGGCACCCGUAUCCUCUUCACGACCGACACUGCACCAAAGAAGUCUGAGGAAUACAUGUGCUCGCAGCCUUCUUCGUCGUCAUGUUUCAUGAUCCAUGAGUCUGAACAGUCUUCACAUGCCGCCACUUCGAGUUUGUCGGUUUUGCUUGAUGAUUUUGAGUUGGACAUGUACAAGAGUCUUCACGGGCAUGCUGCAGAUGAGUUUUUGAGUGAAUGUUUUUCAGUUCGUUUUUCUUCGACCACCUCCACUUCUUUGAGACCACCCUUGACCUCUGGAGCGAAUGAUGCUGACCUUGAGGCUCAAGAGACAUCAAUGUCGUGGAAGGCUCUGACCCUUCUGGCCUCCACCGCGGUCAACUUCGCCUUGCUGGGUAGCCAUGCCAAGAGCCACCGAGCAGCCUCCACCAAGGAGAAGAAGAAGGCUACGUCCAGCAAGGACGACAGGUACGACGAGACUCGUACGGUGCUCAGCGAUCCACGAGAUCCCAGGACCUUGGGACCACCGUGCCACGGUCAGCACGAUCCUGCUCCAGCAUACAAAGGAUCGGUCACGGGCUCCAACGGCCAUGCAAAAUGGGUCGGCUGUGCGAAGUGCCUCCUCCGCCUGUCGUACACGCCGGCGUACGGGGCAACAGGUCUGCACAGGCAGGCCGGUCCCUUGCCGGAGGACACGAAGCACCAGAUCGAGGAACUUGGAGAGAAGGCUCCAUACAACCCCUUGUUGAAGAAUCAGGCAGUGGGCCUGGACGGAGCCGAGCGUUCCUUGCUCACCAAGCUCGAUCACAUCCGUGCUCGCAAAGCAGCGACAGGGUACUAUGCUCCUCCAACUCCGAGCACCAAUGUGACCUCCAGUCCGGGAACACCUACGGCAACAGAGAGGGCGUCUCCAGCAGAUGCAGAGGAACUCUCACAGGAGUCGGGAGGUCGCUACGACGAUGAGGACCCACCGGGUGACUUGACCUCCAAGGACGACAUCCUCAUGAAUUCGAAUAAGCUGAUCUCACCGAAUGUCAGGUUUUUGAAGAAUGCCCAGGUUCCACCGAAUGUCAAAGUCCCUCCGAACCAGUUCAAGACUGAGAAUGCCCAUGGCAUGAAGGUUGGAGAAGCAUUUGAUUCCUUCUCAGCGGACGGACUACAACCUGGUGAACCUGAAGGUGAAGAUCGCACCAUGACUCCAUUCCCACGAAAGGAGUUCGCUUUCGUGACGGAAGCUAUGAAUGAGCUGGUUGAAGAAGGUGAUAUGAUCUUCAAAGCUCAUGGCGGAAUCACGUCCCUGGAGCAAUGGGACGUCAUGGAAUUGUGUUGUGACCCCACCAGCUUGUUGACCGAGGAAGUUAUCAGGCAAGGUGGGCGAGCAGGGCGUGCUGGGUUACACAACCAAUGUGACCUGACAAAGCCUGAGGGAGUUGAGCGAACUUUGGCACUACUCCGCCAACAUCGACCACGUUGGAUUUGGGUCAGCUUUCCUUGUGGCCCUACCUCGGCAGUUCAAGCUCUCAAUGAACGCACCCCUGAAGCAAAAGUUAAGAGUGCCUACCGGAAAAGGCAUGCGAGAAAAGUUCUUCGAGGUGGACUACGAGUUCUACAAGAACACCUCUCCAUGGAUGGCGAGAUCGCCUGGGAAUGGCCAAGAUUCAACAAGGCAUGGCAACUUCCCGAAGUGGUUGCCUUUUGGGAAGCUCUUCAUCAAUGUGACCGUGCUCACGAAGUGCUUGGCGAUGGCUGUAUGUUUGGCCUCACGUCUCCAGAUGGUCCUGUGAAGAAGCCAUGGAGGUUUAUGACCACAAGAGCACGAGCCUUGGCUGGUUUGGCAAGACUUUGUGAUGGUUCGCAUCACCAUGUCCCUUGCCUUGGACAACGUGCUCGGGCCUCCGCCUACUACACCAAGCAGUUGUGCCACAUUGCUGCCAAAGGCAUGUUGGAACCCUCCGAACUCAUUGGAGGGAUUGCUGAAGUUGAGCCUGAUCCCCAGGUGUUGGAGAAGCUCACACCUCAGGAACUACAACAUCUCAUGGAGACAGUGCGCAAGCUUCAUCGUCUCUGCGGCCAUCCAAACAACCGUGCCUUGCUGAAGCUCCUACGUGCGAGAGGAGCCAGUGAAGAACUCAAAGCCGCAGCUCUACAGUUGGCUUGCCCUGAAUGUCAAGAGAGCAGAACGGCAACGCCUGCCACCAAGGUGUCUUUGGAGCGAGAGGAUACCAUUUGGAAGACACUUCAAAUGGACGCCUUCUACUUCAGGCAUGCUAAGCAGGUGCAUCACUUCCUCCUCCUGCUCGAUGAGGCUAGCUCCUUUGCCGUGGUGAGAGAGAUCAAGGUUCACCAUGAAGAUGAAUCUGAGAACAUUUCAACCCCAGAGGUCAUCACUACUCUGGAGGAAUCUUGGUGCCAGAUCUUCGGCUACCCGGCACGCAUUAGAUGUGAUGCUGAAGGGGCAUUUCGCGGCACAGCUCUCGCAAUGUGGUGCUCCGAGCGGGGCAUUGAGAUGACUCAUGUUCCUGCUGAACAUCAUGCCGCCACGGGAGCUGUUGAGAAAGCGAUUGGAGAGCUUCGCUGGAAGAUGGAAACCUUUCUCCGGAACGAGCCCAUUGAACCUCGACGUGCGGCAAGUGCGAUGGUCCAAGCUCACAACCAUGUGGUUCGCGUGGGUGGUUUUGCUCCUGCGCAAUGGGCAUUUGGGCGAUUGGAAAGCGUGUCAGUGAAUCCUGCAGCGGCAUGUUCCGAAGGAACACCUGGACACGCUAUGGCUGAAAGUCUGAGGCUCUGA